AGCACACCGCCGCCUUGUGCCGCUCGCUCCUCGGGGGCGCUCCAGCCGGCGGGGGACCGAGGAGUCUUGCAGCGGGGCCGAGCCGGCGGCUGCCUUCACGUGGGACCCGCUUUGCCUUGAGCUGCGGGAGCAACAAGAGCUCCCGGCCCCGCAGCCGCCACCGCGGACUUCGCCGAAACUUCGGCUCCUUCCUCCCGGCGCGGGAGCUGCCGCGGGACCAGGCGCGAGGAUUUGGUGGCGCCCGCGGGUCCAGCGCCCAUGCGGCGGGGCGGCCGGUGCCCGCGGAGCCAGAGCUGCGGCGGGGAAGGAGUUCAAGCUGCCCUUGGUGUUCUAUAAAAAUACUCAUUAGCCAUUCUGGAAAUGGACUUGCUGUCUGGAACCUACCUCUUGGCAGUCUUAUUCGCCUGUAUUGUAUAUCAGUCUGGUGCUCAGGAGAAGAAUUAUACAGUGAGGGAAGAACUGCCAGAAAAUGUCCUGAUUGGCAAUUUGCUCAAGGAUCUCAACUUGACGUUGGACCCAGAUGUUCCUCUUUCAUCUCCUCUUCAGUUUAAGCUUGUGUAUAAGACUGGAGAUGUACCAUUAGUGCGGGUAGAGGAAAACACUGGUGAGAUAUUCACUACUGCUAACCGUAUAGACCGGGAGAAGCUGUGCUCUGGAAUCUUCAGUGAGAACCACUGCUUUUAUGAGGUGGAGGUAGCUGUUCUGCCUGAUGAAGUCUUCAGAUUAGUCAAGAUCAGAUUCCUGAUAGAGGAUAUCAAUGACAAUGCUCCUCUCUUUCCCUCAACCGUUAUUAACAUCUCCAUCCCUGAAAACACAGCCAUUAAUUCCCGGUAUUCUGUCCCUUCUGCUAUUGAUCCUGACAUUGGAGUGAAUGGGAUUCAACAUUAUGAACUUCUUAAGCCUAAAACAGCUCCGAAAAGGACAUUUGGAUCCAUUACGAAUGAUCAGGGUCAAAAUGUAUUUGGACUUGAUAUAAUUGAAACACCCGAGGGAGACAAGUGGCCACAGCUUAUUGUCCAACAAAUCCUGGACAGGGAACAGAAGGACACUUAUGUGAUGAAGAUUAAAGUUGAAGAUGGUGGCAACCCUCCAAGAUCAAGUACAGCUAUCCUACAAGUUACAGUUACUGAUGUGAAUGACAAUCGCCCGGUCUUUAAGGAAAAUUAUAUUGAAGUUAGCAUUCCAGAAAAUGCUCCAGUGGGCACAUCAGUUUCACAGCUUCAUGCCACUGAUGCAGAUCUGGGAUCAAAUGCACAGAUCCUCUUCUCUUUCAGCAAUCAAAUCUCCAAUCUGGCCAGAAGGCUGUUUGCCAUAGAUAACACCACUGGUCUUAUCACAAUUAAAGAGCCACUAGACAGAGAGGAAUCUCCUGUACACAAGUUGACUGUUUUGGCAAGUGAUGGCAGCUCAACUCCAUCAAGAGCAACAGUGACAAUAAAUAUCACAGAUAUUAAUGACAAUGUACCAUCAAUAGACACAAGGUACAUCAUUAAUCCAGUGAAUGGGACUGUGCUUUUGUCUGAGAAAGCCCCACUCAAUACAAAAAUUGCCUUGAUUACAGUAAUGGACAAAGAUGCUGACCUGAAUGGAAAGGUUACUUGUUUCACUGACCAUGAUGUCCCAUUUAGGUUAAAGCCAGUGUUUGACAAUCAGUUUCUGCUGGAGACAGCGACAUUUCUAGACUAUGAGGCUACCCGGGAAUAUGCCAUUAAAAUAGUGGCUUCUGAUUCAGGGAAACCUCCCUUAAAUCAGUCUGCAAUGCUCCUGAUUAAAAUAAAGGAUGAGAAUGACAAUGCCCCGGUUUUUACACAGCCUGUAAUAGGACUUUCCAUUCCUGAGAACAAUGCUCCUGGAACCCAGCUGACUAAGAUAAGUGCUACAGAUGCAGACAGUGGACGCAAUGCUGAGAUCAGCUAUAUGUUGGGCUCAGAUGCACCUCCUAUUUUCAACCUAGACCGCCGCACAGGCAUUCUGACAGCAGUGAGAAAGCUGGAUAGAGAAAAACAGGACAAGUAUUCCUUCACUGUUCUAGCUAAGGAUAAUGGGAUGCCACCGUUGCAGACCAAUGCUACAGUUACAGUGUCUGUUCUGGAUCAGAAUGACAACAGCCCUGCCUUCACCCACAAUGAAUAUAAUUUCUAUGUGCCAGAAAAUCUGCCCAUGUAUGGGACAGUGGGGCUUAUCACAGUUACUGAUGCUGACUCUGGAGAGAAUGCUGCUGUCACUCUCUCUAUAUUAAAUGGCAGAGAUAAUUUCAUUAUUGAUCCACUUACUGGUGUAAUAAGACCAAAUAUUACCUUUGACAGGGAGCAACAAAGUUCUUACACUUUCCUGGUGAAGGCUGUAGAUGGAGGAAGACUGCAACGUUCUUCAACUGCCAAGGUGACUAUUAAUGUAGUCGAUGUGAAUGACAACAGGCCUGUUUUUGUUAUCCCUUCUUCUAACUUCUCCUAUGAUUUAGUUCCAACAUCCACCAAUUCAGGCUCUGUGGUAACUAAAGUUUUUGCAGUUGACAAUGACACAGGGAUGAACGCAGAACUCCGCUACAGUAUUAUAGGCGGGAACUCAAGAGGUUUGUUUACAAUUGAUCAGUUAACAGGCAAUAUCACUUUGAAAGAGAAGGUAAUAACAUCAGAUCAUGGCUUACACAGGCUGGUAAUAAAAGUCAAUGACUUAGGACAGCCAGAGUCACUGUAUACAAUAGCACUGGUGCAUUUAUUUGUGAAUGAGACUGUUACUAAUGGUUCAUAUGUGCAAGAGCUUGUACGCAGAAACAUGGAAACACCAGUGGGCCAGAAUGUUGGGGAUGGUGAGAUAACCCCACAGACCAAUGACUAUGUCAAGAUCAUCAUUGCUAUCAUUGCAGGCACCAUGACAGUUAUUCUGGUAAUUUUUGUCACUGCUUUGGUACGAUGCCGCCAGACACCUCGGCACAAGGUUGUCCAAAAAAGCAAGCAAAGUGGGGAAUGGGUCUCCCCAAACCAAGAGAACCGGCAGAUCAAGAAAAAAAAGAAGAAAAAGAAACGUUCCCCCAAAAGUCUCCUUCUAAAUUUUGUGACAAUUGAAGAAUCUAAACCUGAUGAUCCUGGCCAUGAGCAUAUAAAUGGUACUUUAGACAUUCCUGUAGAGUUAGAAGAACAGACUAUGGGAAAAUAUAACUGGGCCACCACACCAACCACAUUUAAGCCUGACAGCCCAGAUUUAGCAAAGCACUACAAGUCUGCCUCUCCACAGCCUACCUUUCAAAUUAAACCUGAAACUCCUGUGCCCCCUAAGAAGCACCAUGUCAUUCAGGAACUGCCUCUAGAUAACACCUUUGUGGUGGGCUGUGAUUCACUCUCCAAAUGCUCCUCAAGCAGCUCGGACCCUUACAGUGUCUCUGAAUGCAGCUGUCAAGGAGGUUUCAAGACUCCAGGUCCCAUACAUACUAGACAGCUCUGAACGUCAUCGCAUCUGAUGUUAUGUACUGAAGUCGUACGUGUACACAAUGAUGUUAAGCCAGCAAACAUGAAAACAUGGAAAUAGCACGAGAAAGCCCUUUGUCCUGUCUCUGAUUGCCGAAGACUUUUAUCGUCUGAUCUCCAGAGGGGUUUGGAAGUGGCCCAGAACUGUUCAAGCUGCCCUACUGAAAGGUAUCCAGGGCAAGAAUUUUUUUUUUUAAAGAAAAGAAAGACAAAGAGACUUUAGUGCGUUGUGCUAUAGUGUUCUUUAAUGUAGUUUUGCUAAGGAAAAAGUAAGUAAUGUGACCCAUCACUGCGUGGAUGGUGGUUAUGAUAAAUCAAUGGUUUUCUUAUGUUGCUUGUAAUCACCUACUGGUUCUAGAACUUUUGUCCUUAUUUAUUUGUGUUGAAACAAUUAGUAGUUUUAUUUCUAUAGAUAUUGUAAAAGGGAGCAAUAAAUUUUAUGCAUACAUCAAAGAAGAAAGAGAAUAUAAAGUUCUUUAUACUCCCUGCAUUUUCUGAGUCACAGAUACAUUGUCACUUAGGACACAUAUUGCACCUUGAGGAGUAAUUAUUAUUUAUAGGUAUUUCCAUAAAAUUGUUAAUACUGAUCCUGCUGCUAAUGGAUCAUAACUAGGUAUGAUUGAAUCACUUGCUGUUUAUUUUCAUAAGCUCAAUAGGAGUAGUGGGAAUAUAAAAACUUCCUGCUUUCUUAUACAUAAAACCCCUAUAGUGAACAUUCACCUUUUCAAUUACUAGCAAGUACUCACUUAACUUUUUAAAAUAAACAUUAUUUUGUAUUAUGCUUCUGCAAUCUUGAUAUACUCUGCACACCAGAUAUCAUAUGCUGAAACAUUUUAAGUAAUUUUAUAAAAAAUAAAACCGCUCGCUUUUAGUGGGAUAAAGUAAAAAUAUCAUACAUUGGGUUGCACCUGAAAAUGGGUUCAUCCUUAGUCAGAGCAAGAAAAAAGUGCUGAUUUCUAUUAUUGUGAUUUUUUUUAUAAUUAUUUUACUGUUCUGUUUAACAUUUGCUUUUCUAUAGUUAAAUUAAUUUUACAUUUUAAUUUGUUCUGAGUGCACCUGAUUUUGCAAAAUAUCCCUAACACUUUCACUUGCAACUUGGUUGCAAGUGACUGUGUAUCUAUUGCCUCACAUUUAAGAGAAUAAUGCUUAAAAGGGUGUGUGCAUCAUUUAAUAAUAAUAGCAUUUCAUAUAAAAUACAAUAUCUCGUAGGAAGCAAAAGGAGUAUAAAGAACCCUGUUUUCUGCACUCAUGAAGAUUCAUAUGAUACUAGUUUACAACAAUAAAAUGGGGCUUAGUCUCUGUUUUUAACUCGGCUAUAUACAGUAUGUGUAGUUUUGUUUAAAAUGAAAAGUUAUUAAUGAUUCAUCAGUUACACUACACAAUGAAAGUCUCACAGUACUGUAUUUUUGAUGUAAAGGUAUUUAAAUCAGGCUUGUACAUAAUAUUCAUAUUGCCUCAGUCCCCUGACUGAAGAAUUUCUGCAAUGACUGUUGCCUAAAGUUCCCUUCACUUUUGCUAUCUGGCUCUUUAAAAAAUUGCUUACUUGGCUAUCUGGUCUGUAAAAUAUAAUAAAUUCUAUUAAUAAUGAAGUAUGUAUUGUAAUUUAGCAUAUUGUAUUGCAUACUCAUAGAUACGACUUGUUGAAGAAGAAUAUUUAAUUUUGUAUAAUGAAAUCGUUCUUUUAUCUGGCAAAAAGUUUAUUUAUUAUAAGUUUUACCAUUCAUAUUCAUACUUUCUUUGCAGUUCUGACUCUUCCAGUUAAAUGAGCAAAAGUUUCAAUGGUUAGACAUAUAGUGAUGAUAUUUAUUGAGUUUUCUUUCAGUACUACAGUUUAGUGCUGGGGCAUGGUGGCAGGGUGGUGAAAGUAUCUUACUAUGGCUUCAGAGGCAUGACAAAUUCAAAUUCCAUUUUAUUCUUAUCCUGAAGGCUGCCCUCAUUUUAUUCAAAUGUACAUCGGUACCUGGUCAUUCAAUCUGAGGAGUCAAAGGCAGUUGGAUACAAGGCUGGCCACAUCCCUGUCUUUUAUGUCACUUAUGGAAACUGGUGUGCCUAAUCAGGCUACCUGUUUGGCUGUUUAGCUCAGGUGCACCUUUGACUUUUUUUACCGCAAUCAGCCAGCUCUUGUGGCUUGCUACUUUCAUUUUUCAGUAUAGGAGUUGAGAAAAAUCUGUAUUGAAGUGGAUGAGAUUGAAUUUAAGGAAGAUAAUUUGAUCUAAAAAGCUGAACGUGACCUUUUCUAAUGGCAUGUUUUUGCCUAAAUACUACAUAAUGUAAGUCUCUCAUAAAGGAUCUGUAAAGAAAUCUAUAGUUUGAACAAUUGGCUUCUAUGUUGGGAAGAGCUGUUCAGCAGGAACUCAGCCAGACUUCAGAACAAUGAAAAAAGAAAAACAAACAAAAAAAC